AUGGAACUAAUUGAACUAAUUCCAAUAGAACCAAUCAUAACAAUUGAUAACAAAAGUGAAACAGACAAUACUGUUGUCAGUGACGAUAAACAAGACCAGAAAUCUGAAGAAGUUGUUGAAGUAAGCAAUGGGCGAUCUAGACCAAGAGAAUCAAAAGGAAAACAAAAGGAAGAUCAAAGCGAUGAUGAAAAAGAUCCUGUAAAAGCCUUUUUAGAAAAAUGGAAAUUUGAAGAUCCUGGAAUAUGUUGUGUGUGUCUUGAAGGCGCAACUGCCGAAGAAAAUAUGUUAGUGUAUUGUGAUGGCCAGGAAUAUCCUUGGUACUGUGACAAAUGUCUUGCAAAACCAUCUGAAGUGGUGUCAUGUAUUUUAUGUCCAAAAAAAACUGGAGCAUUUCGUAGAUUGCAGGAAGAAGAAGGCUUCAAAACAGAUGCGUGGGUCCAUUUAGUCUGUGCCUUAUGGAUGCCAGGAAUGUGGAUAGCCAAUACUCAAGGAUUAAAUGAGUGCUCUAUCAUUAGUGUUGAAAAGACAAAUUGGAUAAAGGAUUGUUGUAUAUGUCCUAAAGAACUUGCUAGUCAAGGUGCGACUGUUCAUUGUGAUGCAGGCGGCUGUAAAAAUUGGAUACAUGUAACUUGUGCUCAAUCUUAUAACCUUUUGGAAUAUGAGGAUGAUUCUGAAAUGUCAGAUCCUUAUUUUGUUUAUUGUAAAGAACAUUGUUCACAAGCUGGUACUGUUCGUUUAAAUGAAUGGGAAAGGUGGAUUUUAAAACGUGAUAAAUUUUUAGACAAUGUUAGGUCUGAAGAGUUACAAAAAAGAAACAAUAAACUCACAAGUGAGUUAAUAGAUCAAGGAAAAAUACUCAGGGAAAUUUUUGAAGAUAAUUAUUCUGAAUACCAGAAACGUCGAGAAAAACAAAUAGUCAAACUUAGAAAAAACGUUGCUCAGCUAUAUUCAGAGUAUAAAGGAGAUAAGGACAAGAUAAGUAGAGGGGAGGAGCAAAUUGAAUCCUUGGAACAAAAAAAAAGGACUGUAAAAUCAGAAACAAUCGAAUUAGCAAAUUAUUUAAACAGAUUAAGAUUUAGAGUAAAAGCUUUUGUUGAAAAGAUGAUUAAAAAAGAUGCAGAUGAUAGCAAUAUCAUUAAUAAUAAUGUUGAGAUAAAACAAUAUACUGAAUGCUCGACUUACAAAGAAGCAGAAAGACAAAUAAGAGAUGGAUUAAUAGAAAAGUCAAUGAUUGAGAUUCAACGAUUAUUGGCUAAAUUGCCAAAUUCAAUAUCAGAUUGGAAUAAUAAUAAUGUGGAAGAAGCAAAAACAAUUAAUAUUAAAAAGUUAGAUAUUGAAGAAAUUGAAACAUUAGGAUUAGAUAAUGCUCAAAAAAUUCUUGUUCAAAGACAAAAGGAACGUAAACAAAAAGGUAAAAAGGGUAAAAAAACUACAACAACCGCAACUAAUAAUAGCAAAAGUAAAACACCCAAGAAAAAUCUUAAGGUUUCAAGAACUACUUCAACAUCUUCAAAUAAUGGAUCCGAAGCAUUUGAUACACCAUCAAGAGCAUAUAAUACUGGCAUGGUACCAUUUCCUGCAUCUAGAAAGAAUAUAUCGGAUUUAAUCAACUUACCUGAAAAUAAUAAUUCAACAAUAAUAACAACAACUUCAAGAAUGAGUGCAUCAUCACCAUCGAAGAAUGGUAAAAACAAGAAAAAGAAUAGUUCUGAAAUAUUUAAAGAUACAUAUGAUUAUUAUAGUAACAAAAAAGCUAGAAAUGAUGAUGAUGAAUAUUAUAAUAGUCAUAGUGAUAAUAUUAAUGGUAAUAAGAAUAGAUCAAAGAUUAUUUAUGGUAGUAUAAUUAGUGGAACUAUAGAAAAUAAUAUUUUUAGUAGUAGUAGUAAUCACAGUAAUAGGAAUGUUAGGAAAAGAUCUCAAAAGAAACCAUUAAUGAGAAAAAGAAAGAAAAAUGGAAAUAGUUCUGACUCUUCACAACAACAAUACAAACUACCAAGUAGAUAUCCUCAACCUAUAUGUUUCAAAUGUGAUAGGAUUGAACCUCCGGAUGAUUAUCAACCACCUUCAUAUGUUAAAAAUACAAAAGCUAGCAAUUUAAUGUUAGAAAAGAAAGGUAGAGAUACAGUUAAUAGAAUGAUUAGGUGUAAUUUCUGUACAAAAUGGUAUCAUCUAGCUUGUAUGAAUCCGCCAAGAAAAACGAUGCCUAUCGGGGCAAAAGCAAAAGUUUCAUAUUCAUAA